AUGGCUGAGGGAGAGAUCCGGGUCUCGCUCUCUCUGUGCGGGAGUCAGCCGUUAAGUGCCAUGAAACUUCCCUGGCGGAAAGAUUUGGGAGGGUUUCGUUAUUAACCUCCUUGAUGUUUUAUUUUUAACACCUUUUUUAUUUUUUUGUAAAUACGCCUUUCUUUCCCGUAACUUUCUUUUCCCUCCCAUGUGCACGGAAGGAGUUUGGUGAGCGGGCUGAGAUUGGCUGGCUGCGGUCAGAGAUUUGGGGGUUAGAGAUCUGAAACAAUGGGUGACUGGAACUUUCUGGGGAGACUAUUAGAGAAUGCACAAGAGCACUCCACGGUUAUUGGCAAAGUUUGGCUGACGGUACUAUUUAUCUUCAGGAUCUUGGUGCUGGGGGCCGCUGCUGAGGAAGUCUGGGGAGAUGAGCAAUCGGACUUUACAUGCAACACGCAGCAGCCUGGCUGUGAGAACGUCUGUUACGAUGAAGCCUUUCCCAUCUCCCACAUACGCUUCUGGGUGCUGCAGAUCAUCUUUGUCUCCACCCCAACCCUCAUCUAUCUGGGCCAUGUGCUCCACAUCGUGCGCAUGGAAGAGAAGAAAAAAGAGAAGGAAGAAGAGAUGAGGAAAGUAGCAAGUAGCAAGGAGGACUGUCAUCCAGGGGGGUCAGAAGCAAAAUAUGGUGGUGGCGACCACAGUAGCACUAGCAAAACUCCGUCUCCAUGGAAAGAAGAUAAACUACCACUCUGCGAUGAGCAUGGCAGGAUUCGCAUGGCAGGUGCCCUACUACGCACCUAUGUUUUCAACAUUAUUUUUAAAACGCUGUUUGAAAUAGCCUUCAUUGUGGGCCAGUAUUUCCUUUAUGGCUUUGAGCUGAAGCCGCUGUACCGCUGCAGCCGCUGGCCCUGCCCGAACACUGUGGACUGCUUCAUUUCACGGCCCACAGAGAAGACUGUUUUCAUCAUCUUCAUGCUGGCAGUAGCUUGUCUCUCUCUGCUGCUCAACAUGCUCGAGAUAUAUCACUUGGGGUGGAAGAAACUAAGGCAGGGUGUGUCCAACAGACUCCACCAUGAACCACCCAUCACCACCACCAUCACAUCAGUCUCAGAAGUGGAAGACUCUAAACCCAUCUCCACGUCGGCUUUGCCAUCAACAGCACCACCACCACCUGUUCCCUCAGUCACUGUUCCUGAGACUCGUGCUAUCACUCCACUGGUUUUUCAGGACAGAGAGGUGCCACGUUAUGCUGAAGCUAUCUCUGGGUCUCACCCAGCCUCUGCUUCCACCUCCCUGGCUAGCUACUCAGGGGGGGCACCAGUUAGUGAGGAGAGGCAUAUAGCCACCAGGAACACUGCAGUCUCUACUCCUAUAGCAACUACUUCUUCCAUCCCUUCACCUUCAUCAGUUGUUAACUCCUGUUUCAACAGUGGCAGCCAUGAGCUGGCUGAUGAGCAGAACUGGGCCAACAUGGCCAUCGAGCAGCAGAGGAAACUGCCAGUAUCCAGUUCAUCUUCCUCCACCACGCAGAGUAGCCUCCAGCGUUCACCUCUUGAGCAAGAGGAGCCCAGCGAGCAUCCCCCACUCCUGCUUCCUUUGUCACGUGCAGCUACUACCAACAGCAGUAGCAUGAGCACCAGUCUGAGUAGGGGAAGCAGCAGCAAGUGGGAUGGAGAUGGUGAAGAGGAGGAACGAUCUAUGUCAGCUACUUGCACCCUGGUGGAGAUGCAUGACCCGCCACUGCUCAUAGACACACGCCGCUUGAGCAGGGCUAGUAAGACGAGCAGCAGUAGAGCCAGGUCUGAUGACUUGACCGUGUAGCUUGAGCCCCUCCCCACUCCAUUCUAGGAGAUGUAGAUUAUGAAUAUAGCAAGUGUAAAGGGGAAGAAUGCCAGAGUGAGGCAGGGGUUAAGCUAGGUUCAGCCCCAGAAUAGGGACUUGGGGAGGGCAGGAUUCCAAACUUUGAAGCUUGUGGUUCUUGCACUCUGUGGAUUGCAGUGGGCAGGGAUAAAUACAGAUCUUUUUUCAGUAGGUCAGGGGUGGCUGACUCACAGCCCACUGACCAAGGGACCAAUCACAAUCAGAUCAUGAGUGAGGAAAGAGGAUUUCACAGGUGAUGGGUGCAGGCAGAAAUGAAGACAUUGCUGUUGUGAUGACAUAGCCCCAAUAACCAUGUUUAGUGUAUGUUUAGUUCUUACAUCUGUCAUUUCGCCCUCAUCCUUAC